AUGCGCUUGCUAUUGACUGUGUUGCUAUUGUUGCACUGGAGAAUAUCCAGUGGCUUUGUCCCAGUUUCGUCAUCUCCAAAACCCACCAAGAAGGCAGCUUCUGUAUGGGACACGCGGCUGUUGGCAACUUCUCAUGAUACUACUACCAAUAAUAAAAAUGAAGAUGACGACACUGAUACCAGCAGUCUACGAAGAUCACUCCUGCUGGGUAUUGGCAGUAGCAGUGUUGCCAUGAUGACUCUGGGAACCACCCAAGAUGCUGCUCUGGCAGCCGUGGGUACAUUACCCGAGUUUCAAGAGUCCAAUGCGAUAUUGCAAGGCCUAACGAUCGAUGUCGUCGAUCAAUCGCAACUCAAGACCAUGAUCGAUUUCUUGAACCAAGCAUUUGGGUUUGACGUCCUGCGCCAGCGUAUACGAGGAUCGAUCGAAGAAGUUUGGCUUGGAUUUGGACCGGAAGAACUGGCCAUUCCAGCCGAUUUCACCCUCCCCGUGUCAUCCUUUGGAAAGUACGGAGGUCACGCGUCGCUGUGUAUUCGAUACGAUGCCAAAUCCACGGCGGCAUUGUAUCGGAUAGGAGAUUCCAACCCACCCGGCAGCAAUAUUGCCUUCCUCCAAGUGGGAGUCCCCAGCUAUCGCAUUUCGCAAAUGUCCAACAAUGGUGGCAACAUUUUAGACGCCUACGGAUUCGUUAAUGUCAUUUCUCCCAGCGGAUUGCCCAUUCGGGGCAUUGUAGGGAUCCGACCCGAUCCCAUCAUGUUUGUGGCCAUUAACUGCGACAAUGUCAAACAGAGUCAAGCAUUUUACGAACAAACAUUGGGAUUCUCUCAACAGGUAUAUCCCUUUGCGCGACCGUCCAAUGGCACGGGACCCUUUGAACCAGCACAACCCAAGGGAUCCGUAUACUUGGCGCCGUCGCCAUACUCCAUGGGAGUCUUGCUGCUGCCCAGUAAAAAGAAGGUGACACCCAAUCCUGUCAUGGACUCUUUGAAGGUGGUCUACACACCCUCGUCUGCUUCUUCGGACAAUGAUUCUUCGGAUGGUGGUGGUGCCAUGCAAGUUGUGGAUCCAUCCAAUGUCAAAAUCUCCUUUCAGUCCGCGUCAGAUUUUGAACAGGAAGAACGUGUCACGAGAUAG